AUGGCCGAUAUCAAGUUCGAAGGAUGGCUGGGCCACAGCCCCGACAGCGUUAAUGGAAAGAUGGAAUGGGGUGCCUUCGAGCCCAAGAAGUGGACAGAGGACGACGUCGACAUCCAGAUCACUCACUGCGGCAUCUGCGGCUCAGAUCUUCACACUCUGCGUUCGGGUUGGGGAGAGACCCCUUACCCCUGCUGCGUCGGCCACGAAAUUGUCGGAAAGGCAGUUCGCGUUGGCAAGAACGUCAAGCACAUCUCAGUUGGCGACCGCGUCGGUGUCGGCGCCCAGGCCCGUAGCUGUUUGCAAUCUGACUGCCCCGAGUGCUCUACCGGUCGCGAGAACUACUGCGCUCGUGCCAAUGUAGGCACUUACGGCUCCGUUUACCCUGACGGUGAAGGAAAGUCGUACGGUGGCUACGCCGACUACAACCGGACCAAUGCCCACUUCGUCCUCAAGAUCCCCGAGGGCCUGCCUUCGGAAGAAGCGGCGCCCAUGAUGUGCGGUGGAAUCACCGUCUUCUCCCCUCUCAAGAACAACGGCUGCGGACCCGGCAAGACAGUUGGUAUUGUCGGCGUUGGCGGUCUCGGCCAUUUUGGCGUCCUUUUCGCCAAGGCAUUGGGCGCAGACAAGGUCAUCGGCAUCUCAAGAAAGGCUUCGAAAAAGGACGAGGUCCUGAAGCUUGGCGCUGAUGCCUACAUCGCCACUGACGAUGACGCUGACUGGGCCAAGAGCAACGCCCGCACGAUCGACUUGAUUAUUUCUACCGUUUCCAGCGACAAGAUGCCUCUUCAGCAGUACCUGCAGCUCCUCAAGGUCUCCGGUACCUUCAUUCAAGUCGGUGCUCCUGAUGGUGGCAACCUGCCCCCCAUCAACGCCUUUACCCUCCUUGCCAACGGCAUCAAGGUCGGAGGCAGCGGUAUUGGUUCGCCUUCUGACAUCAAAGAGAUGCUGGAUCUCGCUGUUGAGAAGAAGGUUAAGCCUUGGGUGCAGAAGCGCCCCCUCAAGGAUGCCAACCAGGCAAUUGUUGAUAUGGAGGCCGGCAAGGCUCGGUACAGAUAUGUAUUGGUGAAUGAGAAGCAUGCGUCAUUGUAA